CAAACCAGCUGCCAACGACACCCUUCCUUUCAAGCGGGUUGCGGUAGCCGUUCACAAGACAAAUAUAGCCCCGAAGGCCGAGUGCUUGUUUGCUCUGCAGCAUGCUGCCUUGCAUGCUGGUUGGGCGGCACAGCAUCCCAACACCCCGUCCCGCUCGCUCUGGUUGGUUAGGAGGUAAAAACGAGCGCGCGGCCCAGCAUCUUUCACUUCAUUCAAAGCGGGGUGUAAUUAUGUCCACCCAAGACCGGAGCAGCCAUUGAAGUCUCCCAAACCUCCAACUGGAUUCUUGCAAACACCACCAGCCUGGCAUGUCGAUCAGACCAUGGCCCUCCUAGUAUCUCUUGAGGCUGAAUCAAUGAGCCUCCCGAUCAAAGAUGGGCCAAUUCAUGUCCACGUCACGAUUCCAUUUUCUCUGUUGGUAAAGGACUUCGACCCAAACACCACCCCAGUCCCCCAAAUGGAGCGGCCCCGACCUUGGUGGUGGCCUGCCCGCCUGUUCAAAGGUCAGCACGAAAUUCCGACCGAUGCGGCGACAGUUGCCGCAACUAAGACCUUCGCUCUUGCGCGUCCCGCCUUCUCCGAUCAAAUCUGGCCACGAUUGAGUACAUUACUCUUCGGAAAAGAGGAGCUUACGAUAUACUCCAUCGUAGGUUCUGACGCAAAAGACUGGGAACACGCUAAUACCUCGAAAUCUAUUUGGACCUUUUCCACAGGGGUUACGGAUGAUAAUAUUGACUGUACAAGAGCCGUUCUUCUGAAGGCUAGUCCGUGCGGUACGGGCGGUAUUCUAUUCACUGCUAAAGAGAUAGGCGAGAGGGAAAAGGCGGCCUGGAAGACCUCCUGGAUGGACGUGGUCCCGUACAAAUCUCCAGGCGAGUCUGAUGUUGACUGCGCGAUGAUGAGGAAGAACCAGGCGCUCUAUCAGUAUAUGGUUGGCUGGGCUUCCCGACACUCUAACGAGAAGGAGUCAUUUGAUGACCACUGAGACUGCAAUUUGUAGGCCAUCGUCAUCCGAUGUAGUCACAGAAUUCACAGGCAUGACUAGCUCUCCUUUCAUCGAUGUUUUGAGAAGUUACAGUCCUCUGAACCACGCUCGGGGUAUUAUUCAGACC